UUUGUUUUGAUUAACUGGAAAUGGAUAUUGAACCCAGCUACACGCGCAGGCGCAAUUGACAUUUUGACGACUGCACUGAGCAAACAUGGCGGCGGCCGUAGAUAGUGUUGUGCUCGGUGAGCAGUACUAUAAGGAUGCUAUGGAACAGUGCCACAGCUAUAAUGCUCGUCUGUGUGCUGAGAGGAGCAUCCUUAUGCCUUUCAUUGACUCUCAGACAGGUGUUGCUCAAAGCAACUGUUACAUCUGGAUGGAGAAGAGACACAGGAGUGCAGGCAUGGCUCCUGGGCAGCUGUAUAGCUAUCCGUCUCGACGCUGGAGGAAGAAACGACGGUCCCACCCUCCCGAGGACCCCCGUUUGGCCUUCCCCCCGGUCAAAUCAGCGGAGCUGGAGCUGGGUCUGAAACGGGAUGCCGUGGGAGCGGUGGAUGGCAGCAGCCUGGAGGCCUUGCUGAAGGGGGAGCCCCUGGAGAGGAGGGGCCCGCCGGACCCUCGGGCCCCGGAAGACAACCCAGCCACACCUGAACCUGUGGCUGCCAUGGUCUCCAGCCACACCUCCUCUGGACGCAUCCGCAAGAGGGUUCUGGACCACGAUGACUACCUGGAUGAUCUGGAUGAUGAGGACUUUGAGGAUGAGACCCCCAAGAGACGAGGGAAGGGCAAGUCCAAGGGUCGUGGAGUGGGAAAUGGAAAGAAGAAACUGGAGGCAGCCGCUGCAGCCUUGGAGGAGCAGGACAAACCAUACGCCUGUGACAUCUGUGGGAAGCGCUACAAGAACCGUCCGGGCCUGAGCUACCACUACACACACUCCCAUCUGGCGGAGGAAGAGGGGGAGGACAGAGAGGAGAUAGAGUCCCCUCCCCCCCGGCGCCAGCCUGAGGCACACAAGACCCCUAAGAAAGGCCCUAACGGUCUGGCCCUGCCCAACGACUACUGCGACUUCUGUCUGGGAGACUCCGCCCACAACCAGAAGACCGGCCAGUCAGAGGAGCUAGUGUCCUGCUCAGACUGCGGACGCUCUGGUCACCCGUCCUGCCUGCAGUUCACAGAUGUGAUGAUGGCAGCUGUGAAGACGUACCGCUGGCAGUGUAUCGAGUGCAAGUGCUGCAACGUCUGUGGUACCUCAGAGAACGACGACCAGCUGCUGUUCUGUGAUGACUGUGAUCGAGGAUACCACAUGUACUGCCUCAACCCUCCUAUGACUGAGCCCCCAGAAGGUAGUUGGAGUUGUCACCUUUGCCUGGUGCUGCUUAAGGACAAGGCAUCCAUAUACAAGCAGCAGAGCCCCACCACAGAGGAUGAAUAGGGGUUAGUUAUUAGUAUCUUUGGGGCCACCCCAGAGUAACCCACCCUGUCCUCAGCCAGGGGACCCCACCUUACCAACCCACACAAGGACAGUAAGCCCUCACACCCUGGUCCACACCCCUUAAUGACCAUGAGCUAGGGUCUGGGUCUGAUUGGGGACUGGAAAGGAGGGAGUCCUCUCAUCACAACCCUGUCGGCAAGCCCCACCCCUUCCCCUCUCUCCUCCUAUCAUGGCUGUUAUCUCCCCUGGACUGUUACACACUCUGCAGAGACUACCGUUACCACUGUCUCUACAGAGUUCAUGUUAUAAAGAAAGGAUUAGCAUCUCACGCUAACUAUUCCCCAACUACCCCCCCCCCCCCCCUCUCCUUUAUAUGGUGUGGACUGCUAAGACAGGCAGUGUGCUUAAUUUGUUGCCAAAUUAUCUAUUUUUACUUGUUCUAAAAAUAACCAAGUGUAUUGAUUUAUGGAUUUCAAAAUAUGAUCACGUGGUUGAGGGAUAUUAAUAGUGGACUUUUGUAGUGAAGUUUUGUCUGUCUACUUCUUUUGGAUGUUUUUAAAAACAUUUAUCUCAAAGGUUUUCCUGCAACAACAAAAAAAAACGGAAGGAACCUCUGGCGCCAAGGUCCAUAUGCUGUGUCCCAAAUGACACUCUAUUCGCUACAUUGUGCACUUCUUUUGACCAAGGUUCAAUAGGGUGCCUUUUGGGAGGCAACCAUAGUCAUUCUAUUGUGACUGAAUCACAUCCUACUGCUGGUCUGAUUUUAAAUCUAACAUUAUUGAACAUUUGUCAGCUAUCAUCUUUAAGGUUUUUGUAGCUGUUCAUAUCUGUGCCACAAUGAGCGAGGCACAUUGCAUGCAGACUUGCACAUGUACUUGAGUUCGAAUGCACACACACUCAAUUCUUUAGACUUUGAUUUAUUAUAUUUUUACAUUUUAUAUAUCACUUGAUAUUCCAUGGGGUUGGGGAUUUUUUUUCUAGUAGAAUUUUGUAAAGUACCGGUAUAUACUAACAACGUGAAUGGAAAACUAUCAUAUAACACAAUGUCAGUACUGUAUGACCUUUUGUAUUUGUUUUAAGUGUCAUUUAGGUUGAUUUUCUUUUGUGGUAUCAUGUUAAUGAUCUCCAUAAUGAGUAUUUAUGGUAAAUCAUGUAUUUUUAUUUACUUCUUUUUGUAUUGAAACUGCUUUUGCCCUUAUUAAAAUGUCAAUGUAUCUGCUAACAAAACUCUAUUGGAAAAUAUGUCUGGAAGUGACAUGGACAUAUUGGCAAUCCCCAAGCUUCUGUUCAUACUUCAGCAAUUGGCACAUCCAAAAUUUACAAGAAACUCAGGGAGGGGUACAUUUUGGCUAAAUUAUGUAAACUAUAAAAGGAGGGACACUGCAAAAGGGAUUAUUGCACAGACUGGUAUUUCACUCAACACUCAUUCUCUAAAAACUGGAUCCUCUGAAGUAUUUACAGCAAUGAAAACAGUGCAAUCAGUCCAACCGUGAGUGAGUAGAACAUGCUGAACACCACAUACAUGAAGAGUGAUACUACAAACAUAAUGAUGUAUGGUUACUGCUGUGGCACUCCUAAAAGCAAUACAAUAGUGGGUCUUAAAGGUCCAAUGCCGAUAUUUUUUUACCUCAAAAUCAAAUUAUAACAAUUAAGUAACUUACUGUGAUUGUUUUAAAUUAAAAUGGUCAAAAAGAG